AUGCCACAAGAAGAGGUCGUUAUGAUAAAAGAAGUAGAAGAACAACAAGAACAAGGCGACGACGAAGAAGAAAACAUAAAAGAUGUGGUUUUUGUCGAACAAAACAAAAAAGAAAAAGAAAUAAUCAACAUUACUGAUAAAGAUGAAGUUGAUCAAGAAGAUAAGAAGAAGAAUAAGAAGAGUGGUGAAGCCAAAUGCGAACGGAAUAACUCAGAAAAAGCAAUGAUAAAGGUGGCGACCAAUAAUGGGAAUAUUGAAAAGAAGAAAAAUGGGAUUCAAAGGUCAAAAUCUGAGAGAUAUUAUUUCGUAAAUAAAAGAGAUGAAGAAAAUGAAGAAUUCUCAGAGAUGUCAGUAGAGGAGCUGAAUAGAAGGGUAGAGGAGUUUAUUCUAAGAUUUAAUAGACAGAUUAGACUUCAAGCUGUUGCUACAAACCUCCAAACUUAG